UCCUGCAUUUUAAAUGACACUUAAUACUUGGCCAUUAUUGAAAUACAAUCCUAUCAUUGCACGUUCUGACAAAGAGUUGACUUCCGAUGAAUUAAUAUUUGAGCUUCUGCACGAAUUAAACAGGUUACUUGUAGUGAGGCAACGAUUAAUGCAAUUUGCAGUUCAGGAUGACGAAGCCGACUAUUCUCUUUGCGGCCAUGCUAGUUUCCUUGGUAACCAAUGGUUACUGCAGAAACGACAAUCACAACGCUUUGCGGUUUGAAAAGAAUCCCCACUUCACGUUCCAAGGCUGCAUGCUUCGUUGCUUAGAUAAAGACCUGUGUUGCUCAUGUAAGGAAUCUGGCAAACUGUCGAUGAAUGCAGCAAUGGUAAACGAUUUCAGUAAAACAUGUGCAGCCUCAGACGACGAUGAGAAAUGUUCUUCUAGAUGGGUCGAUUCCUGGAUGAAUGUUGAACGUAGUGGAGCCAGCAACUGCACUGUACAGGGCAAUGUUGAGAAAGAACUUAACCGAUGUGUUAGAAAGUGCAAAGGAAAUCCCUUGUCGAAACCACUGGACCCUUAUCACCCCUUACAUUAUCCAGGUCAUCUCUCCGAACGUUCGGACCUUUUUAGCUACACUGAUCCAGACUUCACCGAAUUUUGCAACGACAUUCGGGCGGGCGGUAUUUUGUGUACGACCUACCGACACGACAGUUUUACCGCAGGCAACACACUCUGUCGCUCUGGGAAUCGUUGCGGUUACCAUGGUUACAAAUAUUCCUGGUGUUACGUCGAUUUUAGUAAGGGCUGGGACUAUUGUUGCACUGGAGCAUGUGGAUUUGAGAAAGGAACAUCCUACAUGUGGUGUAAAGCUGGAAGUCAGUGGCAGUAUUGUGGAAAUGCUGGCAAAACAGAUAUACAAGGUAGACGAUGUAUGACAGAGUAUCCAUGCGGAAUGCAUCAGGAAGAUGGGAAAGCAGGUUAUUACUGGUGUUACGUAGAUAUGAAAAAGAACUGGGAUAGAUGCUGCGAGCCGUGGGAUCCCUGCACUCCGAAAGGUGAAAUAUACAGCUGGUGCUACACUGGAUAUAAGAGAAAAACGAUCUGGAAAAAGUGUAGAAAUUGCAGGGAAUGAACUUUGUUUAAUCCUUUCCAGUAACCGGAUGUCCUCCGGCAAUGUUCUCGUGAAUAACCCUUGAUGUGUUUGAUGUUGUGUGUUCAUAUAACCAUAUUAUGUUACGGAUUGAGAUUGAUGACAUGUACAAAUGAAAUUAUAAUUAUAAUAAUUGUAUAUUCGAUAAAAGCAACUGUUUCAAAAUUCAGAACAACGCAGUUUUACAAAUAUAGGAAACACACUUGUAUAAAGUACCUUAAAAUUAACCUAAACUCAAUGUAGCAAACUAGUAUAUAUAGUUCACUGAACAUAUUUUUCUAGAGGCAUACAGAUGGAAUAUUAAUUCUCACGAAACAGGUUUUCUCAUAACAUAUAGAUUAUUUAUUUCACGAGCCCAAGUUUUAUGAUUUUGCUAACUAGUCCUACGUAUGCGAGGUUAGCAUAGCACCUGAAGAACACCUUUCAUUUUAAUGUUACUCAUGUUUACCACUGAUAAUGCAUCAUUAUUUGAAUUUGAUGGUCAGAUUCCUACCUAGAAGAUUUGUCACGUUUUGUGCCUUAUUAUCUUAUAGCGACAAUUGUAACAAGAAUUAACUGGAUAAAACACAUUCAAUUGAGUCAUAUAGUAUUAAUCAAUCAUGGAUAUAUUUCCUCAGUAAACAUCCGAUUAAACUUUAAGCGGG